AUCCCUCAUCGCAUGGAUCGUAGCGCAGAGUUCAGGAGAUGGAAGGCGCAGUGUCUGAGCAAAGCGGACCUCAGCCGGAAGGGCAGUGUGGACGAGGAUGUGGUAGAGCUUGUGCAGCUCCUGAAUGGGCGAGAAGAGUUUUUCACUACCAGUUCCUGUGCUGGCCGCAUCAUCCUCCUGGACGGGGGUGUAGACGGUUUUGAGGUUCAGAAACAAAACUGUUGCUGGCUACUGGUUACACACAAACCUUGUGUAAAAGAUGAUGUGAUUGUAGCUCUGAAGAAGGCGAACAGUGAUGCCAUUUUGAAGUUUGAGCCAUUUAUUCUUCAUGUGCAGUGUCGACAGCUGCAGGAUGCACAGAUUCUGCAUUCAGUGGCAAUAGAUUCUGGCUUCAGGAACUCGGGCAUAACAGUAGGAAAGAGAGGAAAGACCAUGUUGGCUGUCCGGAGCACACAUGGCUUAGAAGUUCCAUUAAGCCAUAAGGGACAACUGAUGGUGACAGAGGAAUAUAUAGACUUCCUAUUAAAGAUAGCAAAUCAAAAAAUGGAGGAAAACAAGAAGAGAAUUGAAAGGUUUUACAGCUGCCUACAACAUGCUUUGGAAAGAGAAGCUAUUACUAACUCACAUCCCAGAGAGAAAAUCAGAGGGGAAAAGAACUCAUCAUAUUCUCCUAAGAAAAAAAGAAACACAGAAAAAGCACGUGGCAAAUGUAUUACUGAAGAAAAUGAUAAAGAACUUGAAAAUGAUGAUGACGAUGAUCCAGGAAUCAGUGUUCCUUUCUUCCCUGAAGAUUACUAAAAUUUGGUUCUGAAGUGUC